AGAGAAGAGGAACCUUUCCCUGGGGGGCCAUGUGGGCUUCGACAGUCUCCCUGACCAGCUGGUCAGCAAGUCUGUCACCCAAGGCUUCAGCUUCAACAUCCUCUGCGUGGGUGAGACUGGCAUUGGGAAGUCCACACUCAUGAACACCCUGUUCAACACCACGUUUGAGACGGAGGAGGCCAGUCACUACGAGAGCGCGGUUCGCUUGCGGCCACGCACCUACGACCUGCAGGAGAGCAACGUCCACCUGAAGCUGACCAUCGUGGAUGCAGUUGGAUUUGGGGAUCAGAUCAAUAAGGAUGAAAGGCCCAUCGUUGAGUACAUUGAUACGCAGUUUGAAAACUAUUUGCAAGAAGAGCUGAAGAUCCGACGGUCGCUCUUCAACUACCACGACACGAGGAUCCACGUCUGCCUCUACUUCAUCACCCCCACGGGGCACUCGCUCAAGUCCUUGGACCUGGUGACUAUGAAGAAGCUGGAUAGCAAGGUGAACAUCAUCCCCAUCAUUGCCAAAGCAGACACCAUCUCCAAGAGUGAGCUGCACAAGUUCAAGAUCAAGAUCAUGAGCGAGCUGGUCAGCAAUGGGGUGCAGAUCUACCAGUUCCCCACAGAUGAUGAAGCAGUUGCUGAGAUCAACUCGGUGAUGAACGCUCAUCUGCCCUUUGCAGUGGUGGGCAGCACGGAGGAGGUGAAGGUUGGGAACAAGCUGGUGAGAGCCCGGCAGUACCCCUGGGGAGUGGUGCAAGUUGAGAAUGAAAGUCACUGCGACUUCGUGAAGCUGCGGGAGAUGCUGAUCCGAGUCAACAUGGAGGACCUGCGGGAGCAGACCCACACCCGCCACUACGAGCUCUACAGGAGGUGCAAGCUGGAAGAGAUGGGCUUCAAGGACACAGACCCAGACAGCCAGCCCUUCAGUCUCCAAGAAACAUACGAGACCAAAAGGAAAGAGUUCUUGAGCGAGCUCCAGAGGAAAGAGGAAGAAAUGAGACAAAUGUUUGUUAACAAAGUCAAGGAGACGGAGGCAGAGCUGAAGGAGAAGGAGAGAGAGCUGCACGAGAAAUUUGAGCACUUAAAAAGGAUACACCAGGAAGAGAAAAGGAAGGUGGAGGAGAAGAGGAAGGAGCUGGAGGAGGAGAUGAACGCCUUCAACAGGCGGAAAGUCGCGGUGGAAACCUUGCAGUCCCACUCCUUGCAGGCUACCUCACAGCAGCCCCUGAAGAAGGACAAAGACAGGAAAAACAGAUCAGUAAUAGCAGGAAACCACUCAGGAGUCAGCCUCUCCAGCUCUAAGGUGAUGAUCACCAAGGCCAGCGUGGAGCCCCUGAGCUGCAGCAGUUGGUGGCAGGCCAUCCAGUGCUGCAGCUGUUUGGUCAAGAAUGCGACGUGGAGGGAAGGAUUCCUCUGAGGGAGGCCAUGUAGUAGAUGGGGCCAGUUGGACAUCACCAUGGCAUGGAACUGGAGAGAAGAGGAAGUGUAUAUAUAUAUAUGUAUAUAAACAUAUAUAUAUAUAUAAAAGCAGAGAUCUCAGCUGGAGGGUGUUUACAGCCACUCUGCACUGCCAGCACCUCCACCCAUGGUAUUACCUGUACAAAAAAA